GCGCUACCAUGUAAUUUCCGGUUUCAGCAGGAGCGGAUGAGCGUGUCUUGAUUCCCCGUCUGAUCUGCAGCGGUUCGCUUGUGAGUGACUUUACACACUCAAUAAAUCAGUUCAAACCGGCGUUAAUUCGCAUUAUUUCCGCUGCUCUGCUUCAUUUAACAUCAGGAGACUUCAUUCAAAGCUGUACGGCCGUCCGAGUGUGACCCGAGCAGGAGGAGAAUGUUCUGCAGCCCAUGAUGGGCGGCAGCGGGUCUAAAGGUAAAGGCUACUGGCCGUUCUCAGGUUCAGGUGGCGGAGAUGAACCUGCGAAAGACGGCCAAGAGCAGAGCCUGGCCCGGGUGCGGAGCAUCCGAAACACGACGCCUUUCGUGUUUACCAGGAGGAGCUCUUUGUACUUCGAUGAGGAUGGCGACCUUGCCCACGAGUUUUACGAAGAAACAGUAGUGACAAAAAAUGGCCGCAAGAAAGCCAAACUAAAACGAAUCCACAAGAAUCUCAUACCUCAGGGAAUCAUCAAGUUGGAUCACCCUUGUAUCCACGUCGAUUUUCCGGUAGUCAUCUGUGAAGUUUGAUGCCGUCGGUGACCUCAUGCGAAGAAUCUGUCCCCCCUCAUUUUACUCCCACCCGCUGGAUCCCGUACACGCUUGCUGUGUAGCGCCCCCUUGUGUCUGGGAGGGCUUGAUGCGUGUAUGUGGAAUCCCGGCAAACGAGCCGCAAGAUGCUCCGGCUGUGUGACUGAGAAGAGGCUGCGGCCUGACAAUGAUGUCCUGACUCUUUUUGUUUUCUCGUAAUCAUCCACAUGAAGACUAUUAUGGGCUGUACGGCCAAGACACUAAGUGUGGUUUGUGUACGAGUGUAUGUUUGUUUGUAUGUGACCAUAGAAAUAGAGAAUAUUUAGCGAUGUUUGACUUUUAUCAGGCGCACAUCAUGAAGGACUCUUGAGGACCUUCUAGAACGUUCUGUUUAGAAUUUUGAAGAAGCCCUUGGAAAGAUCAGGUUGCAUUUGAAUGCUUUAAUUGACGAUCAUUGUGUAACAAGCAGAGCUUCGCAGAUCAUCAGGACGCGAUGUUCGUAGAGGUAACGCAAUUAGGGUUAGUACAAAAGUGAGUAAAACUACAGCCUGAAUUUUGCAUGUAGUUCCUAUAGAACUGAUUCUGCUUUCUUUUCAGCCAGUAAGAGAGAAUGAAUGGCUGUUUACUAUGCUGUAAUUUGUUUAUAUGCCGAUUGGAUGAUGGAAUUGCUGCCGCUCCUUGAUUGAACGGUUGAGGCACUGACUGACACAGUGCUGCCAGUCACUGUGAGAAGCCCCGCCCCCUCUCACUGUUGGGCAGUCUUUAUUUAUUACAGUUGAAAUGACCAGAUGGCAUUAAAGAAAAUACCAUGUAUAAAUGCACAUCUCAAACUGUCUAUUCAU